CAAAGAGCAAAUCGAUUGUAUACGGACUGUUGUUACCUUUAAUCGUGGAAUCAUCCAAAAUAGGUAUUCAAUCCAGUAGAGGGAUCCCUCAGCUGGAGGUUAUAACUAGAACAAUUGAUGAGUUAGAUGAUGAUUCUAUUGUUGCAUUACUGAUCGAAUUAUUCUCAGAUUCUCGUACAUCCGCAUCGGCAAUCUUUCUCCCAUUUCCAUUAACUUUGCAAUCACCAUCACCGCCGCUUCCACAACACUUAACCCAGUGGGACGAUUCGAUGAUUGAGAUCGUAUUUACUUUAAUCAACCAAAACUUUCAGAUCGAACCUUCCCACACAUCAACUUCAAAUCAAAGUCAAUCUAUUUUCUCUAAAUUACUAUUCUAUCUAAGCUCGAAUAUUGAAAGAUUACCGAAGCAUCCCAAACUAUGCCAGAUAUUAAUGUUGUUAGUAACUAAACAUGCGGAUAGUGUCAUGGAUAAGUUGGAGGAAAUUAGAGAGAUCGCAGAGAAGUCGAAAGCGUUUAUAAGGAAAGGAGUUAUAGGAAGAGUUUCGAUAUCUAGAAUUGUAUUUUGUUUAAUCGCAACAACCUCUAUGACCCUGACCUGGGACAAUUGUAUUGCACAUCGUUUAACAAUUAAUCAUGCUACAUCGCGAGUUCGAGUGACAGAUGAUCAUUUACUCAACCCAGUCAUCGAAAUAAAUUUACAACACUUUACUCAUUAUCUCAUAGUCAUAUUUCUUGGCAUCUCUCGCACUGAGAAUCUUGCUUGGCGAAAUUUCGUCUAUCUC